CUGCGACAAGAGGAAGCUGUAGUAGACGUCAUUUUGCUCGCCGAAGAUGGUGUGCUUUUCUUUGUGUUACUGAUGGCUGGAGUUUCUCUUAUGCUCUUGAUUACUUUGUAUUUUUUUUUUAUUAAUACACAGCGUCCCCUCAAGACAACACUGUACGAAAUCUUGGGAACCAUGUGUUUUCACGUUCAUAUCCAAUGUUGCCCUGCGAAGUAGAAAAUCCGCAAAAGAUGUUCCAAAUGCAGCACGUCCUAUCCAAUUUCAAGUCGAACCCGUGUACUGUAGACUGAGUUUAUUGUAAAAUUGUUUCGGAAACUUUUAAGCUUUUCAAGACUGCAUAUCUCAUAUGGAGAUAGAAACCGGGGACCUGAAGCUGAGACUUGACGUAUGGAAGAGAGUGUCCGGGGCGUAUCCCAGCAUCAGGGGCUACAGUGGAUUCCAGGUCUGUCCUGGGACUACAGGAGUAAAACUGAGGCCAAAAGAGGCUGGAACUGCAGAGGCCAGUGCUGUCACUGAUGCCAGUGAAGAGACUUCUUUUGAACACGGACACUGUAAGAAUACAGAGCUCACUGGUGCAGAAGUUAAAGAGAGCCUCACUGAGCAGAAUAGGAUCAGACAGGGUGAGGAAGACCUCGGCGAACUGCUUCGUGUCCACAUGAUUGAUUUAGGCCCUGAAAUGGUUUCAGACAGUUUAAAUCCACUGGGAUGCCACAACAGUUCAGAGAUGGUCAACAAUGUGGACCAAAAGAAUGGAACAGAGAGUCACAUUGUUCUAGAGUCUCGUAUUGGUCAAGAGUACAAAAAGGAGGAAUUGAAUGAACUGGAUGGUGUUAACAGCACAGAACAGGGCAACAAGCAUCAGGUGGCUUAUCCUAAUGAGCAACGCCCAGCGUUACCACCUGUCCACAUUAAAGAGGAGGAGGCUGCUAAUUAUCCUAACAUGCCCUGCACAGGAUCUCUGUAUGUGAAACAAGAAGUCAGUGGAUUGGACCAUGUCUGGAUCAAAGAGGAAAGUGAUGUACAGUCUACAAACAGUGAAGAGAAAACGGCUAAGUUAAAUCACUCUCAGCUGGAACUUCACAAACGGAACUUGGAAAAGAAAGGGCCGCAGCAGAACCAGAGUAUGGGAAAUACUGACAUACGGGAGUUUAUAUGUCUGAGACCUUGCUUAGUAAAAGUGGAGAGAUUGUCAUUGCAGCACAGACAACAGCACCAUGGACCCUCCAGCAUUCUAACCCCAUUGUCUGUGUUUGAGAACACAGCUGAGUCCAGUGGGGACCCAGGGGAUGACAGUCACAGCACAAAAUGUCAAGAGACUGUCAAUCACUUAGAGAGCUUAAAGGCAUACCAAAACCUUCAGACAGAGGAAGGACUCUACUCGUGUUCUCAGUGUGGGAAGAGUUUUAAUCAGGUAUCCAAGCUUAAAACACACAAAGAAAUUCACACAGGCAUGUUCAGCUGCAGUCAGUGUGGACAGAUGUUCAGUCAGUUAAGUUCCUUAAAAUGCCACCUGUGCGGUGACACAGAUGAGAGGCCUUUCAGCUGCAGUCAGUGUCUGAGGAGUUUUAGUCAGUCAAGAGAUUUGAAAAAGCACGAGCGUGUUCACACGAGAGAGCGAUCAUUCAUUUGUAGUCAAUGUGGAAAGAAGUUUAAUAAAUCAAGUGCGUUAAAGCUUCACCAUCGUGUUCAUACGGGAGAGAAACCAUUCAACUGCAGUCAGUGCGGGAAAAGCUUUAGUCGUUUAUUCCACUUAAAAUGCCACCAGCAAAUCCAUACAGGGGAGACUCAGUUUAGUUGUAGCCAAUGUGGGAAACGUUUUAUCCAUUCAAGUGACUUAAAAAAACACCUGCGCACUCAUACAGGAGAGAGGCCAUUUACCUGCAGUCAGUGUCGGAAGCGUUUUAGUCAGUUAGUCCAUUUAAAAUGCCACCAGCGUGUUCACACGGGAGAAAAACCAUUCAGCUGCAUUCAGUGUGGGAAAAGCUUUAGUCAGUUAGGCCACCUAAAAUGCCACCAGCGCAUUCACACUGGUGAGAGACCGUUCAGCUGCAGUCAGUGUGAAAAGAGUUUUAGUCAGUUAGGUCACUUAAAAUGCCACCAGCGCAUUCACACAGGAGAGACACAGUUCACUUGCCCUCAGUGUGGGAAAUGUUUUAGGCAGCCUUGGGACCUAAAAAACCAUCAACGCAUUCACACAGGAGAGAGAGGAUUCAGCUGUAGUCAGUGUGGGAAGAGUUUUAGUCAGUUAGGAAACUUGAAAGUACACCAACGUAUUCACACGGGAGAGAGACCGUUCAGCUGCAGUCAGUGUGGCAAGAGCUUUAGUCAGUUAGGUAACUUAAAAGGUCACCAGCGCACACACACAGGAGAGAGGCCGUUCAGCUGUAGUCAGUGUGGGAAGAGCUUUAGUCAGUCAAGCAACUUAAAGUGCCACCAGCGCAUUCACACAGGAGAAAGACCGUUCAGCUGUAGUCAGUGCGGACGCACCUACACACUGUUGCAUCAUCUUAAAACUCACAAGUGUAUUCACAGCUGAGAGACUGUAUUGCCAUAUUCUGAACAGUUUUGAACUGUUUAUAUAAAUGUGAACAUCUUGCUUUUCAUGUGAAAUAAAAAACUUUAAUUAUCUUGAAAAACAUCUGUUCAUGUGUGGCUCCUGUGUUCAGUAGUGUUGCCAAAGUCUGAAUUUUAACAUGUUGCAGUCAUAUGUUGAACCAGGUUUGACACUGAAACAACACUGAACAAAAACAUUUCUAGCCAUGUGCUGGAUUCAGUUUGACAUCACAAAACAUUUCAGUUCUCUGUUGAAUAAUUGCCAGGAAAAAUAAUAGAAAAAAGAAAGAAAGACUAAAAGAUUUUAGACACAACUUUGUAGAAAUGGAUUAGAAAUACUAUAAAUAGCUUAUUCUCAAAAUCCUUCUGCAAGGAACUGAAUUUAACACUGAUGGUGUAGAAGAAAGUUGAGAGGAAAUAGAAUACGGAUCUGCAAAGUUGCAAUGGCAACAAAUAAUUCAGUUUAACAGAGCUCAUGGCUGCAACAACAAAAAGACCGAGUACAAUCAUGUACGAACAAUAAAAUGUUUCUUACACAUAAAGUGUGCCAUCUAAUGUAGUUUAGACACCAGCAUUAACAUAUAAUCAAUUAGGCCUUAUACUUUUAGACUUUAUAGGUUUAAGCUUUUGUGUA